AUUCUUCACCCGUCCUCACUGAGCCGAGGGCAGGAAGAGACCAGGGACCUUCUUCCUGUCCUGGAGACAUUUGUGUGGACACUGCUGUUUCCGUUGUUGUAUUCGCAGUCAUGACUCUGCCCCACGGUCCCGAAAAUGCUGGGGAGCCCCAAGCCUCCCAGGCUGUGCAGGUGCACAGGCUGGAACACAGGCAGGAGGAGGAGCAGAAAGAAGAGCGUCAGCACAGCCUACGUAUGGGCUCUUCCGUGCAGAGGAGGACCUACCGCAGCAGUGAGGAGGAACAGCAGUUCAGCUCCAAAGACUAUGCCCUGGCUGCUGCCCUGGCCCUGACAGCCUCCUCAGAGUUGUCCUGGGAAGCUAAGCUGAGGCGCCAGACCACCACAGUAGAGCUGGAGGAGCGUGGACAGAGGCGCGUGGGCUUUGGCAAUGACUUGGAGCGGAUAGAGAUGGCCUUCCUCCGGACCCAGAGGCUGCUGCGCCAGAGACGUGACUGGAAAGCCCUGCGUCAGCAGACAGAGGAGAAGGUCCACGAGGCCAAGGAGCUGAUUGAGCUGUGCUCUGGCCGCGGCCCCUGGUUCUGGAUCCCGCUUCGCUCGCAUGCCGUCUGGGAGCACACCACUGUACUGCUGACCUGCACUGUCCAGGGCUCACCUCCAUUCCAGGUCACCUGGUAUAAGAAUGACAUCCGGAUUGACCCCCGCCUCUUUCCAGCCGGCAAGUACCGAAUGACCAACAACUACGGACUCCUGACCCUGGAGAUCAGGAGAUGUACGGUUGAAGACUCAGCCACCUAUACUGUGCUGGUGAAGAAUGCCUAUGGCCAGGCCUCUUCCUUUGCCAAAGUCCUCAUCCGCUCUUACCUGGGAAAGGAUGCUGGCUUUGAUUCUGAGAUCUUUAAACGAUCUAUGUUCGGCCCCAGCGUGGAGUUUGCAUCGGUGUUGAAGCCAAUCUUUGCCCGAGAGAAAGAGCCCUUCUCCCUGACCUGUUUGUUCUCGGACGAUGUGUUAGAAGCUGAGCAGAGGAUCCAAUGGUUCAGAGACGGCAGGCUGCUGAGGUCUUCAAGCCGCAGGCAGAUGCUCUACGCAGACCGCCAGGCAUCCGUGAGGGUGUCCUGCGCCUACAAGGAGGAUGAAGGGCUCUACAUGGUCCGAGUUUCCUCCCCCUUUGGGCUGCAGGAGCAGAGUGCUUACGUCUUUAUAAGAGAUGCUGCAGCUGAGAAGCCAGGAGUCCCAGGCUCCCCACUAAAUGUCCGGUGUCUGAAUGUGCAUAGAGACUGCCUGACCCUGACCUGGGCCCCACCCAGUGACACCCGGGGCAGCAUCAUCACUGGUUACUCCAUCGAGCUGUGCCAGGGUGAUUCGGAGGAAUGGGUACCCUGCCAUAUGGCCCCUGGGGGAACCUGUCGGUGCCCGAUCCAAGGCCUCAUUGAAGGGCAGAGUUAUCGAUUCCGAGUGCGAGCCAUGAGCAAGGCCGGCAGCAGCCUCCCUUCCAAGGCCUCAGAAGUGGUUGUCAUGGGUGACCAUGAUGCAGCCCAGAGGAAGACAGAGAUUCCCUAUGACCUGGGCAGCAAGAUCACCAUCAGCAAGAGUGACUUUGAAGAUGCUGUAACCAUUCCCUCAGCCCCAACCAAUGUCCACGCCAGUGAGAUCAGAGAGGCCUACGCAGUUCUGAGCUGGGAGGAGCCACGCCCCCAUGGCAGAGCCCCACUGACUUACUCUCUGGAAAAGUCCGUCAUAGGUAGUGGAACCUGGGAAGCCAUCAGCUCAGAAACACCCAUCAAGUCCCCGAGAUUCGCCCUCCUGGACUUGGAGAAAGGAAAAUCGUACGUCUUCAGAGUGCGAGCCUUGAACCAGUAUGGCAUGAGCGAUCCCUCGGAACCCAGUGAGCCCAUUGCCCUGAAGGGCAAGCCAGUGACUCUUCCUCCGCCAGCUCAAGUUCAAGCUUUCCGAGACACACAGACCUCCGUCUCCCUUGCCUGGGAGCCUGUGGAGGGUGGCACAGAGCUCCUGGGUUAUUACAUCUACUCCCGGGAAGCAGGGGCAUCAGAGUGGCAGACGGUGAACAACAAGCCUGUCCUGGACACCAAGUUCACGGUUCCAGGGCUGAGGACUGGGAAGGAGUAUGAAUUUUGCAUCAGGUCUGUCAGCGAGGCUGGGGUUGGCGAGAGUUCAGCUGCGACACAGCCUGUCAGGGUCAAGCAGGCUCUGGCUACCCCAUCGGCCCCAUAUGACUUUGCACUCCUAUCCUGUGGAAAGAAUGAAAUGGUCAUUGGCUGGAAACCCCCCAAACGGCGUGGAGGUGGCAAGAUCCUGGGCUACUUUGUGGACCAGCACGAUUCGGAGGAGUCAGACUGGCAUCCAGUCAACCAUCAGCCUAUCCCAAGCCGGGUGUGCAAGGUCACCAACCUUCAGGAAGGCCAUUUCUAUGAGUUCCGAGCCCGGGCAGUGAACUGGGCGGGUACUGGCGAGCUGUCGGCACCCAGCAGCCUGUUUGAGUGCAAAGAGUGGACGAUGCCCGAGCCAGGCCCCCCAUAUGAUGUGAGGGUGUCUGAGGUACAGGCCACCUCCCUGAUGCUGCAGUGGGAGCCCCCACUGUAUAUAGGAGCCGGGCCAGUCACAGGCUACCGAGUCAGCUUCCAGGAGAAAGGCUCUGAGGAGUGGAAGCCUGUCUCCCCAGACGCCACCUCUGGCACCCACCUCAGGGUUUCUGACUUGCAGCCAGGAAAGCAAUACAUGUUCAGGGUCCAGGCCAUGAACUCAGCGGGGCUAGGACAACCAUCGGUGCCCACUGACCUUGUGCUCCUGGAGGACAAGCCAGAUGCGCAGGAGAUUGAAGUUGGCGUGGACAAGGAGGGCCAAAUCUACUUGGCAUUCGAAGCCCCCGAAGCCCCCGACUUCUCUGAGUUUCAGUGGUCGAAGGAUUACGAGGGUCCUCCCGACCCGCAGAGGGUGGAGGUGGAGGACGAAAUUAACAAGUCCAAGGUCAUCUUGAAAGAACCUGACCUUCAAGACUUGGGUAUCUACUCAGUGGUGGUCACCGAUGCUGACGAAGACACCUCCGCAAGCCACACGCUGACAGAGGAAGAGCUGAACAAGCUGAAGAAGUUGAGUCAUGAGAUCAGAAACCCAGUCAUCAAGCUGAUCUCUGGCUGGAACGUGGACAUCCUCGAGCAAGGCGAGGUGCGGCUCUGGCUGGAGGUGGAGCAGCUGUCGCCAGCCGCCGAGCUACACCUCAUCUUCAACGAGAAAGAGAUCUUCAGCUCACCGAACCGCAAGAUCAAUUUUGUCCGAGAGAAGGGCCUGGUGGAGGUUAUCAUCCAGCAACUGUCCGAAGAUGACAAGGGAUCGUACACCGCCCAGCUCCAAGAUGGGAAAGCCAAGAACCAGAUCACCCUCACCCUGGUGGAUGACGAUUUUGACAAGCUCCUGAGGAAGGCAGAUGCAACCAGAAGAGACUGGAAGAGAAAGCAGGGUCCAUAUUUCCAGGAGCCUUUGAAGUGGAAAGUCACAGAGGACUGCCAAGUGCUUCUGACAUGCAAGGUGACCAACACCAAGAAGGAGACCCGCUUCCAGUGGCUCUUCCAGAAGAAAGAGGCUCCCAGUGGGCAGUACAACCCGCAGACCGGAGACGGGCUUCUCGGCAUUGAGACGUUUUCCAAAGAAGACCAGGGAAUCUACAGAGCAGUGGUUUCCGAUGACAGAGGGGAGGAUGACACUGUCCUGGACCUCACAGGUGAAGCCCUGGAUGCUGUCCUCACUGAGCUGGGCAGGAUUGGUGCUCUCUCAGCAACGCCACUGAAAAUCCAGGGGACUGAGGAGGGGAUCCGGCUCUUCAGCAAGGUCAAAUACUACCAUGUGGAGUACAUGAAGACUGCUUGGUUCCACAAAGAUAAGCGUCUGGAGAGUGGCGACCGGGUAAGGGCAGGCACCACCCUGGAUGAGAUCUGGCUCCACAUCCUGGACCCCAAGGACUCAGAUAAGGGCAAAUACACCCUGGAGAUAACUGCUGGGAAGGAAGUCCGGCAGCUCUCAGCAGAUCUGUCUGGGCAAGCUUUUGACGAUGCCCUGGCCGAGCACCAGAGACUGAAGGCCUUGGCCGUCAUUGAGAAGAAUCGGGCCAAGGUGGUGAGGGGCCUGCCAGACGUGGCCACCAUCAUGGAAGAUAAGACCCUGUGCCUGACCUGCGUCAUCUCGGGAGACCCGUCCCCUGAAAUCUCUUGGCUAAAGAAUGACAAGCCUGUCUCCUUCCUUGACCGAUACCACAUGGAGGUGAAGGGUACUGAGGUCACCAUCACCAUUGAUAAGGUCACCAGUGAAGACAGUGGGCGCUAUGGAAUCUUUGUCAAGAACAAGUAUGGCUCAGAAACGGGCCAGGUCACCAUCAGUGUGUUCAAACACGGGGAGGAGCCCAAGGAGCUGAAGAAGAUGUAAUGGGAAUAAUGUCCAGGGACAGCCUGAGAUCCACCCUACACGACCAGCAGGCCAGCCAGCAGAUCAUAACUUAGCACAGGCUAUGGGGGGGGGGGGGGACACAGGGAAAGGGACAAGGACAUGACAGAGCUGGACCCAGUACACCAAAGAAUUUGAGCCAAGGUUUUGCUGGGGUCCUCAGAGGACUCCGGGAUGUGGGGUAAGCACUGGCCUUAGAAACCGGAAGCUGGGGUACAGGACUCAGUUUCACAAAAGCACUUCACAAGCCUCUCUCAUCCAUCAGAUGGGCAUUCCUAGCCACUCCCAGGGGCUCUAUGAAAACCCCUUAUCAAUCUGUAUCAGUGGGUCACAGCAGGAGGCACCUUGCUCUGCGGGGGACAAAGCUGAGAGUUUGGUUGUCACAACCGGAAGUGUUUACUGGCAUUGAGUAGGUUGAGGCCGCAGAUAGUGGUGAGCACUUCAGCUCCCAUGGCACAGAAGAGAUCCUCUUUUAGGACAGGGUUGUUACAGUUCGCUAAGUCCACCACUCAUUGGAAGAAUAGCAUACACAAGGCUGAGGAUGACCCUGGAGCUACAAAGGUAAACAUUACGGAGCAGCUCCUGCCCCCCCAAAAUGGACUUGGGUGCAGGUGACUCCAGGGCAAGGCAGGAGAUAAUAAAGGUCACUAAAUGGGUCCAUGUAAAGUAUCUUCACUGAUCAGAGGAAGUGGGCAAUGGCCGACCCAACUGGGAGAUGCAGCGCUUUACAGUGCCCUUCCACACUGGGUGGGACGGGGCCCUGAAAGGUGACUUCAGUCCGGCCGUGGAGCUGGGAGGAGGACACCGCAGGAGCAAAGGUGAGGAGAGAAGAGAGCCUGCCCCUGCCUAGGUGACCUGGGAUGCCAGGCAUGCAGCUGAUGACCUUCAGGGCUUCUUCCAACAUGGAGCCUAUAUGACCUGUGACAGACACUUUGGCUGGCCUUACGCCGUGGAUCUCAGUACACAGCUGGACAUUUCUCUAUCUUCCAGUUUCCCCUGCUGCAAACAAGAUGUGGGAGGCAUUAUAAAAUGAGAGCUGUUUGUUCCUAAAGCUUCGAUAACUUUGGAAAUUAUAAAGGAGGAAAUAAAAAAAAAAAUCCGUAUUCUCGA